AUGCAGUUACUGAAUUUAGAUCAACUAGUUUAUCCAAUUAUGAUGUAAAUUAGAGCACUUAGGGAAGUUAAAUAAUAGGAUUUAAUGAUAUAGUCGAUCCUUGUAAGUAUUCAAUUAAGGUAGGAAUGUCAAAACAAAGUGGAAUGCUUGGUUUUGUGUUUAAUGAAAUUUGCAUUAGAUUACGUUAUAGAUGGCCCAAAUAAAGUUUAAAUAUAGUAUCAUUACGAGAGAAGCAUAAUUAAAUAAGAACUCAAUUGUAAAUUACAGCGUUUGCAAGAAUUUCUUAGUAAAUAUGAAUUUUCAAAGCUCAAAAGAUAAAUCGAUGAAGAAAUUUAAAACCCAGAAGGAUUUAGUGAGACUUCUAGUGAUAAUGAAUAAGAAAGUUUCUAAAUUAAAUUGACAGGUCAUCUUAAAGAAUUUAGCCCUGAAAUUCAAAAAUUGAAUGCUAUUAUCCAGGAUUUGAAGUCGUAAUUAUAAUCAUAUGAAGCCAAAGAAAUGAGGAGAAGAAAUUCUAUUGAUUAAUUAACUACUGCGCAUUUUAAAGAAGUUUAAGCAUUGAAAUAAUAGAUUAGAAUUUAAAGUUAAGAGGAAGAACUUAACGAAUAUAUAGAAGUCAUAUAUUUUGAUAGAACUUCCACUUUAGAACCAGAGAUCUGUGAAAUGAUGAAUGAAAAAAUUAGGAAUAUUAAAUAACAAUAUGAAAGAUAUGUCUAAUAGUUUAUGUAGAGAAAAAAAUCAUAAAUAAUUGAACCUAUCUAAGCAAAACAAAAAGAUGAAUCGAAUAGAUCCGUUGAAAAUUUAACAGAAAAAGAAUUGACUAAACUACUUUUGAAUAAACAAUCGAAUCCCUAUAUAAUUUGGAAGUUGAUUGAAGAAUAAAGAUCUUGUAGAUUUUUACUUUGUGUUUUAACCAAUCAAGAAAAGCAAUAUGGGAUUUCUUACAAGGAGAUAAAUGAGAUAUUAAGAUGCAAUAAACAGGACCUAAGAAAACUGCAAGAAAUAAAAAAUUAGAUGUAGGAGUCGGAAAUCUUAUUGUCUGCUCAAUUUGCAAUUUAAAUAUAAUCGUAUAAAAGAUAAGUGGUAAAUCUUACUUCCUAAAUCUAAGAGUAAUCUGCCUAUUAUUCACAAUAGAUAAAAAUUUAAUCAGAUAAAAAUCUAAAUGAGAACUCAUUGUAAUUACAGUUACAAAUAGAUUUUUUCAAUAAAAAGAUAUAAUAGUUACUAAACGAUAACACCAAUUGCAAAUUAGAAAUAGAUAAAUUAUAGAUUACAAUUAAAUCACAAUAGCAAUAAAUAUAAUUUAUGCAUGACAAUACUAAGUUGUUAUAUACAAUUAUUGAUUCAAAAGCACAACUUUAUUCUUAGUUAGAUAAAUUUGAUUGGUCUAAAGAUUAAUUCAAGAUAAUUUCAACAAUCCAACAAUAAAUAGCAAAUAUAGACCCAUUUUUAUGUGUACUAUUUUAAUCCCAGUAGUCACUUCUACUUUUUCAACAUCAAGCUUAUAAAAUAGCAUCAAAUGUAGAUAUAACUCCCCUCUCAAAAUGUACUCAAACAGAGGAAAAAGAUUAAAUGUAAUGCAUAAUAUUAAAUUAACCCACUUCAGAUCGAGAAAAUAAAUUUAAAAAAGUUAAUAAACAUACUUAAACUAAUUAAGUGAAUUAAUAUUCUACAAGGAAAAUAAAUAAAACUGAAAAUCUCUUGGAUUCUAAACAUCUGUAGAUUAAUCAAAUGAAAUUUAAAUAGAGGAUUGAAAAUGAUGUAUUUGAUAGAUUGUUUGAAAACUCAUAAAAAGUGAAUCAAAAAAUGUAGUAAUUGAGACCAUUCAUAGAAAGAAUGAAUGAAAAAGAAUUUUCUGACAUUUUGUAGAUCUUCAACUCUUUAUAAUAUGAUCAUUCAAAUGAUAAAUUUUAAUUAGAUCUAUCAUCUCCUAAUAAUCAAAUUAUAGAAUUACCAUAACAAAAACCUCCAUCAUUGGAUUUGACUUAAAGAUCACUAAAAUUUAUGAAUACUCUUAAAUAGAAUAAACUUAACAUUCAAAAGAAACCUAGCAGAUCUGUCGAUUAAAGCUAAGCCUAUUAAUAAGCUAAUUAACUUUUUACCGAUUUGGAUAAACAAAGAGCAUAAGCCCAAUUCUAAUUUUAAUAAAGCCGUACAGGAUCAUUAAAUAGAAGAAUUUCUCGAUUUAUCCCUACUUCUUUGGAUGAAAAAAUAAAGUAAAAAAGAUUGUUUUCUAUAAACUGA